GAUCGUGUCAUCACCCUCGAAGAUUCAUUCGUUACGCUAAAAGUGGAAGAGGGUGAAGGGGAGCAAGAGAUUUUUAUAGAAUUAUUUUGUUUAAUUUUUAUCGGACGACGCAGUGCUGCCUGCUCACUGGACUUUUGCAGAGAUGAACGAGCUGACUUCAAAUUGCCGAGAGAUUUGGCAGAAGCGAAACGACUUGGCUUGGUUCUUUCAAAAUAUAAAGACAGACAUUACUACACCGUUCUUCUUGGCAUCUCAACAAUGUACAUCGUGCUGCAGUCACUGGCCAUUCCAGGCUCAAUUUUUCUCACUUGCUCGGCCUCUGGUGCGCAGAUAUGUUAUUUCUUUGCACGCUUUUUUGGACGCAAACGAAUUUUGGCAUUUGCACCAGAGACGAUCAGUAAAUGGCAGAAUGAGCUUAGUUUGUUUAAUUUGCUUAAAGCAUUCGUUCUAGCUUCGACUGUUCCCACAGCGUUUUGGCGCACACAUGUUCAGCGUGGCUUUUUCCAGAUUGCUGCAUUCGAUAGUCUUUUCUACUGCAUCAUCUUCCUGCGUAUAACUCCAAUCUUACCAAACUGGCUUAUAAACGUUGCUUCGCCCGUUUUUGAUGUGCCAGUAACGCCAUUCUUUUUUGGCACGUUUAUCGGUAAACAGCUUACUUUUUCUCUACUAAAUAUUCAGAAAAAGCACGGAUUGUGGGUCGGUCACGCUGGUCCGUCUGUGUUUCUAUCCGCUCGUUAAUC